CUAGCUAGCUGCCUGUUUCGUUAUCUCCUCACUGGGGCGGUGUUUUCAGUCAGGAAAUUUAAAAUAUGGUGAAGCUACAGUUGCCCAAUCCUGGCCUGGAGGACAGGAUACCUUCCCAUGCAGAACUUGAGGUCCUGGAGAAAGAAGAGGCAGACUCCAGACCAAAAUGGGACAACAAGGCUCAGUAUAUGCUGACGUGCAUAGGGUUUUGUGUGGGCUUAGGAAAUGUGUGGCGGUUUCCGUAUCUCUGUCAGAGCCACGGAGGAGGAGCCUUCAUGAUCCCUUUCCUGAUUUUACUAGUCCUGGAGGGUAUCCCCCUUCUUCAUCUUGAGUUUGCCAUUGGUCAAAGGCUGAGGAAAGGCAGUGUGGGUGUCUGGAGCUCUAUCCACCCUACCCUGAAAGGCGUUGGCAUAGCAGCAAUGUUUGUAUCCUUCUUGGUGGGUUUAUAUUAUAAUACUAUUAUUGCCUGGGUAAUGUGGUAUUUCUUCAACUCCUUCCAAGAGCCCCUGCCUUGGAGUAGCUGUCCUCUGAACGACAACAGAACAGAUUACAUAGAAGAGUGUGCCAAGAGCUCUCCCGUAGAUUAUUUCUGGUACAGAGAAACAUUAAACAUCUCUGCUUCCAUUGAGGAUUCAGGCACCAUACAGUGGUGGCUUUUGUUAUGUUUAACGUGCGCAUGGGGUGUGCUGUACGUGUGCACAAUUAGAGGCAUUGAAACAACAGGAAAGGCUGUGUAUGUAACAUCGACUCUUCCAUACCUUGUGCUUACCAUUUUUCUAAUCCGUGGCUUGACGCUGAAGGGAUCGACAAAUGGAAUUGUGUAUCUCUUCACCCCUAACGUUACCGAGCUGGCUAACCCAGUGACGUGGCUGGACGCGGGUGCUCAGGUGUUUUACUCUUUCUCCCUGGCCUUUGGAGGCCUGAUUUCAUUCUCCAGUUACAACUCUGUUCACAAUAACUGUGAGAAAGAUGCCCUGAUUAUCUCAGUGAUCAAUGGUUUCACGUCUAUCUAUGCAGCAACUGUCAUAUACUCCAUCAUUGGAUUCAGAGCCACAGAAAGAUACGAUGACUGUUUUGACAAGUAA